GUGAUCGGGCUCAGAAGCGGGAGGGGAGGACGGCACACAAGUUCUGGAGGAGGUCUGAGCCAGAAGCGGUCCGCUGCCCGACUUUCAUCGACAUUCCUGCCUAUGUUCCGCCCGUAGAGCUGAACCAAACGUUUUUGGUGCGUAAUUACGCACGGGUACGACGGGAUCCGCGCUGUUCCUGGCCGUGGAAACCCCACGGACAAAGGACGUAAGGCAGGCACACAGGCUGGAGUACAACUGCCUGACUUCAGAGGAGAGAAGUACCGUUUGGGGGGAAACGACGGGAAUCUGAAGUCGGAAGUGAUUUGUGAUUUCACUCUUUAGAAAUGUAACAUAAGAAAAGGAUUUCAGGAAGAAAGUCAGGCUUUUCUGGAGAGGAGAAAGCGGGCCAGACAGACUUCUGAAAGGAAUAAAAUCAGCAUCCAGAUCAUCUGAGUAUGGGAAGUAUCUGAGAGCUGUAAAAUGUACCCGCGACACCGUGAGAGGGAGCAGCCCAUCUUCAGCACCCGAGCCCAUGUCUUCCAGAUCGACCCGGCGACCAAACGUAACUGGUUGCCAGCCAGCAAGCAUGCUGUCACCGUGUCCUUCUUCUAUGAUGCAAGCCGCAGCGUCUACCGCAUCAUCAGUGUGGGCGGGACUAAGGCCAUCAUCAACAGCACCAUCACCCCCAACAUGACGUUUACCAAAACAUCUCAGAAGUUUGGCCAGUGGGCAGACAGCCGGGCGAACACCGUUUAUGGCCUGGGUUUCUCCACAGAGCAGCAGCUGCAGCAGUUUGCAGAGCAGUUUAAGGAGGUGAAGGAGGCGGCUCGUCUUGCCAGAGAGAAAUCCCAGGAGAGGUUUGAACUGGCCAACCCUGGACUCAACAUUGCGGCUCCUCAGCUCUCGCAGGAGCUGUCAGAGGAGCGUCACUCUCCACCACUGCUGACAGUUAACGGGCCCGGCGAGGAAAAGCUGUUUCGCAGCAGGAGCGCAGAAGUGGAGCUGACUGUCGAGAAGGAACGGGUUAAAAAGAUGCUGUCUGAAGGGUCCAUGUGUGAGAUCAACUUGGAGGCUGAACUCUUCACUCUGCAGGACAGCAAUGCCAAGCUGGUGUCAGCGCUUCAAGAAGCCAACAGCAGCGUAGAGCAGUGGAAGAAGCAGCUGGCAGAAUACCAGGAGGAAACCGAUCGUCUCCGAGACCAGGUGGCUGAGUUGGAGGCCCAGCUGGGGCGUCCUGCCGCUGGUCAGCCUGGUAAAGAGGAGCUGAGUCGGGCGUUGGAGGAGCUGGAAGCCUUGCUGAGAGCCAAAGAGCAGGAGAUUCAAAAUUUACAGAGCAGGAAAACAGAUGUGGGGGAACUGGAAAAGGAGAAGGACGAAGUCAUUCAAAGACUUAAGGAUCUGGAGAGACGAAACACCGAGCUGGAGGGUCGUGUUCAGAGCGCUGAAAAAACGCUGGCCACGAAUCGCGAGGAGCAGGAACAGUCAGGAGUUGAAAUCCACCGAAUCAUUGGGGUUCUGGAUGUCAAAAUUGGUGACCUGAAAGGCCUGAGAGAAAGCUUAGCAAAACUGAUCGAUAAGUAGCCACAGCUGGAGCUGGGAUGCAUCUCCACAGUCUGUGCUCAUGUCCUCCAUGGAAACCUUGAUUAGUGCUGAACUGGAGCAACAGAAGAGCAAAGAUCAAAGAGAUAGGGUGGAAGUCAGACUGAGGUUUUUUUUCUGUUUCUGGGAGAAUGAGUGAUUGACAUUACCUUUUUCAGUGACUCGCUGUCCUUUGUAUUACCUGCCACUACUGACUAGUCACUCUGAGUGAUGAAGAUCUGUCAGCUAAAGAAUGGAAGCCUUUAUAGCUGUUGAUGCUGUAGUAUUAAACUAAAAAAA